CAUCAUUCGAGAGCACAGCAACGAUGAGCAGCGACGAGGACGACGAGUUCCACGAAGCCGAGGAAGAGCUUCAAAUCGACGACGAAGAGGACACGACAGCGCCGCCAGUGCGAGCAUCGAAUUGCGCAAUCGCGGUCGGCGUGGACAAGUACGGACUGCCCGCGGGGCUGCCAAUGACCUCAGACCAGAUCCGGGAAGGGUUUGGGCUCUUCUUCAAGAACCAGCAGACUGAGGCGGAGAACUUUUUCGCCGCGUACAAGGACUCCAUUCCGCUGUUCUCGUUGGGAUACUCAACGAUGGCGUUUGUGCGGGCCAUCAUGAGCUUUGAGACGGGCGAUAUUCAGACCGCCAUGAAGGAGCUCGGCGAGACCGAGGCGCUUGCCUACGCCGCGACCGCUCAGGAGAGCACCUUCGCCUCCAUCACGCGGUUUGUGCUGCGCACAAAGAAGGAGGCCAUGUCGUCAGAGCAGGUGCACCACACGGUCAUCACGGCAGAAUGCCGCAUGCUCACCGGCCUCAUGCAGUUUGUCCAAGAGUCGGUCAUGGGCUUCAUCAAGGGCGGCCUCAACAUUCGCGCUGCGUGGAAGACCUAUGAGCGCAUGUGGCACAUUUAUGAAAGCAAAGAGACGCCGCUCGACGACGAGACGCGCGGCGCCGUUCAGUUUGGCAUUGGCACGUUCAACCUCAUCAACUCGAUUCUGCCCGCCAAAAUGCUCAAGCUCGUCUCCAUCCUCGGCUUCCCUUCCAACCGUGAGGUGGCGCUGCGAGAGCUCAACCAUGCUCAUGACGGCGGAGGUGUCCGUUCCCCGAUCGCCGCGCUGCUCUUGUUGCUCUACCACGUCGUCAUCCAGUCCUUCUUUGGGUUUGACUCGGCAGAGCAUAUUGCUGAGGCAAACCGUGUUCUGGGCCGCAGUCUCCAGCGCUUCCCAGACGGCGGCCUCUUCCUUGUCCUCAGCGGUCGCUUCAACCGCCUCAAGCGCGACAUUAACGCGUCCAUCCGCGACUUUGAGCGCGCAGUCGAGGCGCAAAAGGACUGGAAGCAGCUGCAACACUUGUGCUUUUACGAACUCGGCUGGUGCCACUUUUUCAACCAGCAGUUUGCCGAGUCGUACGACUAUUUCGGGCGUCUCGUGAAGGACAACGAAUGGUCGAAAGGCUUUUACGUCUACAUGCAGGGCUUGUGCAAGCUCGAACUUGGGCAGCGCGAGGAGGCCAUCACGCUGCUUCGCUCCGUCUCGGACUACAUGUCGCGUCGCUACGGUGGCAAGACAAUCUCCGUUGAGCAGUACGUUGGUCGCAAGGUGAAGCAGUACGUCUCGGCAGACGGCCAGGUGUCGAUGGUGCUGCCCGCGCUCGAAAUGAUGUAUCUCUGGAAUGGCUUUGCGCAAAUCAGCCGAUCGGCUGUCAAGCAAUUGCACGAUCAGCUGGAGGCCUGGGUACUGGUCCCCGAAAACGCCGAGCGCAUCGCCAGCGAUCCCGAUGUGGCAGCCCUGGUGCGCCUGCUCCGCGCAUCCAUGCUUCGCGAACAAGGGCCAGAGUUUUUCACCAAAGCGAUGGAGCAAUUAGAGGUGCUCGAGAGCACCAAGUCCACCAUCACCAGCGAGCUGUGGAUCAUCCCGCAUGGUCGCUACGAGCAGGCUGCCAUAUUGCUGAUGGCCAAGACGGACGACAAGAAAGCCAAGCAGAUGCUGGUGAAGGCUCAGCGGUACAACCAGGACUACAACUUUGAGAUGCGAUUGCGUCUCAAGAUGCACUUGACCUGGGACCAUCUCAAGGGUAUGCAAGACACUGGUGAUGAUGACGGCACCGACGACAAUUAGAUUGCCGCGCUGCUGGUGACAAGUUUUGAGUGUGUGCGUGUGUGAGUGUGUGGUUUUUUUUUUUGUCGUUUGGUUGUGCGUUUGUGUUUGCGUUGGUAUUGGAAGAAGGGGUCAAGCGUGUUGUUUGACUAGUUGUGCAGCAUCCAAUACAAUAAAAGAACGA